UGGUACAACGGGUAUUGCUUUAACAAGUGCUUGUUCCUGCUUCGUCGCAACAGUUUUCACUGUUUCCAUCAAGUUUGCAGUGAAGAUUCUGGAGAAAUAAACUUUUAAACUAGUCAUUGUUUUAUCCGAAGUGAAGUUUAUUCUACGCUCACAAUAGGAACACCUAAGAAGUGAGUCAUGAAGUGCUUGGCCAGUGUGAUGCCUUUUGCGGGACUUUGGAAAUAUUGAAACCUUCACUGACAAGAUCAGGACUUCUCUCCGGACAAAUCCAUCUAUCGCACCCUGAGGAUUUCAACUGGAGCUGUUCCAUUGCACGAACUGGAGAAAAGAGGUCAAGGAAUACUAUUCUGAAUGAUCAUAAGAAAGCGAGGUACAAACCCUGUCAACAGCCGUGCAACUUCGGCACUUUUCAAGUGACCCGUGCCAUAAGGAAUACAAUGUUUUAGUGCUUGGGGAACUAAUGAAACUUUGAUGCAUUAUAUGCAAGGACUUUGUCCAAGAAAGGUGGACUGGGAUUUUGACCAUGGCGCUUUCAGGUAGGGGAGUGAACCGAUUUCAUGUAGUUUUGUUAAUCCUGUGGACUUUAUCGCAAUACUCCUCAUCCAGUCAAGUUCGCCAGGAGUUUCAGGUACUGGAAGAGCAGCCUAUUGGUACCUAUGUGGGGACGAUAGAAACAAAACCAAGUUUCACGUACCGAUUUAGCGAGAACCACAAACUUUUCGCAAUUAAUGGCACGACUGGCGUUAUAUACACAUCUUCGGUGAUUGACAGAGAAGUUUUGCAAAGUAACAUUAUCAAUGUUGUGGUGCUGUCCAGUCAGCCGACAUACCCCACUGAAGUUCGGAUAGUCGUGCUUGACAUUAACGACAACUCGCCAGUGUUUCCAGACGCGUCAAUUGUGGUGUCAUUCAAAGAGGACGCGAGCAGUGGCCGACAAGUUAUCCUUGAUACAGCCACAGACGCGGACAUCGGGAGCAAUGGAGUUGAUCAUACGACCUACAGAAUAGUGAACGGGAAUGAGCAGAGGAGGUUCCGUUUGGAUAUUACAGUCAACCCGAGCGGCGAGGGCGCAUUUCUCCAUCUGGUUUCAACUGGCGGCUUGGAUAGAGAACUAACUCCUUUUUACCAACUCCUGAUUGAGGUUGAAGACAAAGGCGACCCCAAAAGAUUUGGCUAUUUACAAGUCAAUGUAACCAUCCAAGAUAUCAAUGAUAACCCCCCUAUUUUCGAAAAAGACCAGUAUCAGACCAGUAUUUUUGAAGAUGCAGCCAUAGGCUCAAAUGUGUUGCAAAUAACAGCCACAGACCAGGAUGAGGGAGCCAAUGCAGACAUAAGAUAUUUUUUAGAUGAGGGCACACCUUUUCAGAUUGACCCCAAAGAUGGUACUAUAGUAAUAAAAGAAGGUCUGGAUUAUGAAAGCAAGAAAGAAUACUCUUUAACUGUGCAUGCAAUGGACAAUGGGGUGCCCUCUCUUUCAGGCAGGGCAGAGGCUACUAUAAAACUCCUUGAUGUAAAUGACAAUGACCCAGUAGUGAAGUUUAGAUACUUCCCCACCACUUCCAAGUUUGCCUCUGUGGAUGAGAAUGCACAGAUAGGCACAGUGGUGGCCUUGUUAACUGUUUCUGAUUCAGACUCCCCCACAGCCAACGGCAACAUAUCCGUCUCAAUCUUGGGCGGAAAUGAACAGAGGCACUUCGAGGUGCACACAUCUCCUGUUCCUAAUUUGAGCUUAAUUAAGGUGGGCAGUGUAUUAGACAGGGAGCGUAUCUCCUCCUAUAACCUGACGGUCUCUGUGUCAGACAAUGGCAAGCCCAUGGCCAGGUCGUCCAUAGCCAGCCUGGUUAUUUUUGUGAAUGAUAUCAAUGACCACCCGCCCAUUUUCCAGGAAGCCCAGUACAGAGUGGAUAUCAGCGAAGACAUUCCGAAAGGCAGCUACAUUAAAGGAGUCUCUGCAACAGAUGGCGACUCCGGGCAGAAUGCCAACCUGCGCUACUCCUUGGUGUCUGGAAACGCUUUGGGCUGGUUCGCCAUCAGUGAAAACAGCGGUCUGGUUACCAGCGCCUCGCUGCUGGAUCGCGAAGUGGCGUCGGCCAUCGUGCUCAACAUCAGCGCCAAAGACCAGGGCCUGCAGCCCAAGAUCUCCUACACCACGCUGGUGGUGAACAUCACCGACGUCAACGACCAGAUCCCCACGUUCACGCAGAGCACGUACCGCGUGACCCUGGUGGAGCACUCCCCAGCCGGCAGCGAGCUGCUCGUCCUGUCGGCCACAGAUGGCGAUCUCGGGGCCAACGGCACCGUUCGCUUCUCAUUUGACCCCGAAACCCCAUCCAGCCUGCAGGAUAUGUUCCGCUUGGACUCAGUGUCUGGCAGGCUCAGCACUGCCUUGGAGCUGGACAGAGAGGAGCAGGAGUCGUAUUUGUUGCACAUUAAAGCCACAGACUCGGGCAGCCCUCCGCUCCACUCCGUGGGGAGAGUAAACAUCACCCUCAGAGACAUAAACGACAACCGUCCUGUUUUCUAUCCAGUGCAGUAUUUUGCCAAUGUCAAGGAGAACGAGCCGGCCGGCACGUACGUCACCAGCGUAUCUGCCACCGAUCCCGACCUCGGCGUGCACGGCACAGUCAAAUAUCAAAUUACUGCUGGGGACACUUUUAAGUUUCACAUUAACAGCGAAACAGGCAAAAUAACCACUCUAGUCUCCCUGGACAGGGAGGAGAAAACGGCCUAUCAGUUACAGGUUACAGCCACUGAUGGAGGGGGCCUGCGCGCAGACACUCAGGCUAUUGUCACUGUCAAUGUGAUAGACACACAGGACAACCCACCCACAUUCACACAACGAGUCUACAGCUUUGUCAUGUUUGAAAAUGUAGCUGUAAAGGCUGUCAUAGGCACCGUCUCUGCAUCCACUGUGGAUCUGAACACAAACAUCACAUACUUAAUCGCCUCAGGCGAUCAGAGGGGUUUGUUCUCUGUUAACAGUGCGACAGGAGAGAUCCUGGCUGCGGGCCUUAUUGACAGGGAGGAGCAGGCUUUCUACCAGCUUAAAGUGAUAGCCCGGGGAGGGGAUGUGACAGGCGACGCGCUUGUUAACAUCACAGUGAAGGACCUGAAUGACAAUGCGCCCCAUUUCAUCCACGCGGUGGAGCAUGUCAGUGCUGUGGAGAACUGGAGCACCGGUCACCAGAUCUUCCAGGCCAAGGCCUCUGACCCGGAUGAGGGCAGCAAUGGCGCCGUGGUGUAUAGCCUGAAACAGAACCCCAAGGGCCUGUUCCACAUCCACGAGAAACACGGCCUCAUUACGCUCACCGGGCCCCUGGAGGUCACCACCAGCUCCUAUCAGGUGGAGGUGCUGGCCUCGGAUAUGGGGGUCCCCCAGCGCACCUCCAGCCUCAUUCUGACCGUCAGCGUGUACGAUGUCAACGACAACGCCCCGGUGUUUGACCAGCUCUCUUACGAGGUCAUCAUCCUGGAGUCGGAGCCCGUGAACAGCCGCUUUUUCAAAGUGGAGGCCACGGACAAAGACUCGGGCCUCAAUGGGGAAAUCAUGUAUGACAUCGUGGGCGGCAACACAGGGGAUGUUUUUGGCGUCUUCCCAGAUGGGCAACUGUACAUCAAGACUGAGCUGGACAGGGAGGUCCAGGACAGAUACAGCCUGCUGGUGGUGGCCAGAGACAGGGCCGUGGAGCCUCUCACGGCCAGCGUGAACUUAACGGUCAUCCUGGACGACGUGAACGACAACCGGCCGCUCUUCAACAGCACCAACUACGUGUUCCACUUCGAGGAGGAGCAGGCGAGAGGCUCGCUGGUCGGCCGCGUCUUCGCCGAGGACAAGGACUUCGGCCCGAACAGCGAAGUGCGGUACGCCUUCGAGGCGCCGCAGCCCAACUUCGAGCUGAAUGCCAUCACAGGUGAGCUGACCAGCACGCUGCAGCUGGACCGCGAGUCCCUCAUGAGACAGCGCGGCGCCGCCGUGUUCAGCUUCUCGGUCGUCUCCUCUGACCAGGGCCUGCCCAAGCCCCUCAGAGACCAGGCCAAGGUCCAGGUCUACAUCCAGGACAUCAACGACAACCCGCCCAAGUUCACUAAAGACAUAUACCAGGCCUCCAUCUCCGAGCUGGCCCAGAAUCUCACACAGCUGCUGCGUGUGUCUGCCUCUGAUGUGGAUGAGAACAAAAACGGGCUCGUCCGCUACCGUAUCAAAGAGGGCAACGAGGAGGCCCAGUUCACCAUCGACAGCAGCUCAGGCCAGGUCACUCUCAUGGGCAAGCUGGACUAUGAGGCCACGUCGUCCUACUCACUGAAAAUCAUUGCUGUGGACUCUGGAGAUGUGCCUCUCUCCUCCUCCUGCAUGCUUAGCAUCAGUGUGCUGGAUGAGAAUGACAACACGCCCGCUUUCCCUAAGUCCACCGUGGCGGUGGACGUGCUGGAGAACAUGAGGAUUGGCGAGCUCGUGGCCUCGGUGACCGCCACAGACUCCGACUCGGGUCCGAACGCUGACAUCACUUACAGCAUCACGGCCACAAACAACCACGGCACUUUCAGCAUCAGUCCCAACACAGGAAGCAUCUUUCUGGUCAAAAGACUGGACUACGAGACGCAGUCUGUUUACAAGCUGAACAUCACAGCUAAGGACAACGGGAUGCCCCCCAAGUCCUCCACUAUACCUGUGGUGAUUCAGGUGCGGGACUUUAAUGACAACCCCCCCAUAUUCAACACAGGUGAUAUUUUUAAGUCCAUCUCCGAAAACAUCCCAUUGUCCUCAUCUGUUAUGACUAUCAUCGCACACGACACGGACGCUGAUAUCAACGGUCAGCUGGAGUACUCCAUUGUUCAGCAGACUCCGAGAGGAAGCCACUUCCGUAUCGACCCCAGCUCCGGGGUGAUCUACACAAACAACGAGAUCGACAGAGAAUUUUCCAACCUCUUCGAGUUGACAGUCAAAGCGACCGACCAGGCAUUUCCUGUUGACUUCCGCCGCUACGCUUUGAAGAAUGUGACCAUAUGGGUGACGGACUUGAAUGACAACGUCCCCACAUUCCUCUCCCAGAAUGCACUUGUGGCUGAGUCCAACAUCGUCAUCGGCUCCAUCCUCACCACGGUAGUGGCCUUUGACCCUGACGACGGGCCUAACGGCGAGGUGGAGUUCGAGCUGGUCAAGGGAGACUCGGACACGUUCAUCAUGGACCGCUACAGCGGAGACAUCCGCCUGGCCUCUCAGCUCAUGCCCUCCAAGCUCAUCUACAGCCUGACUGUCUCCGCCACCGACCACGGCACCGAGCGCAAGACCUCGCGCACCGAGCUGACCAUCAUCCUGCCCGGCGUCGACGGGCCCGUCUUCUCCCAGCCCAAGUACAUCACCAUCCUCAAGGAGGGCCAGCCGCCGGGCACCAACGUCAUCUCGCUGGACGCCUCCAGUCCCCGGGGCUCGACCACCAAGGUGGAGUACUUCAUCGUGUCCGUGCGCAGCGGCGGCAAGGCCGUCGGAAGGCUCUUCACCAUCGGACGCCGUACGGGGGUCAUCCAGACCGCCCGCGAGCUGGACAGGGAGCAGGGCGCCGACCUAUACCUGGUGGAUGUGUACGCCAUCGAGACAGACGCCAGUCAGCCCCGCACACAGAGAGCUGAGGUGGAAAUAACGCUGCAGGAUGUCAAUGACAACCCACCUGUUUUUCCGACCGAUAUUCUUGAUGUGACCAUCGAGGAGAACAUUGGUGAUGGAUUCAAGAUAAUGCAGCUAACAGCAACGGAUGCUGACGAGGGACCCAAUGCCCUGGUCACCUACACCAUCAUCAGUGGAGCGGACGACAGCUUCCGUAUCGAUCCUGAAUCCGGCGAUCUGAUUGCCACAAAGAAGCUCGACCGAGAGCGCCGCUCCAAGUACUCGCUUCUGGUGCGUGCUGACGAUGGGAAGCAGUCCUCUGACAUGAGGGUGAACAUCACGGUCAGCGACGUCAACGACCACACCCCUAAGUUCUCCAGAGCCACAUACUCUUUUGACAUCCCUGAAGACACUGCGCCAGGAUCCAUUGUGGCGGCCAUUUUGGCUAGCGAUUCCGACUCUGGGGUGAACGGGGAAAUCACCUACUGUCUGGAGGAAGACGACGAAGACAACACCUUCCUGCUCAACCCAGUGACGGGCGUGUUCAACGUGACGCGGCCUCUGGACUAUGAAUCUCAGCAGUACUACAUCCUCACUGCAAAAGCAGUGGAUGGGGGUGGACAGGCCAGCACUGUCCGGGUCUACUUUAAUGUCCUGGACGUUAAUGACAACCCUCCCAUCUUUAACACCACCGUCUACAGUACCUCAGUGACUGAGAGCCUGCCGCCAGGAUCCAAUGUGCUAACAGUAGGGGCCAGCGAUGCUGAUGAUGGCCUCAAUGCCCAGAUGUUCUACACUAUUGCAUCAGGUGAUUCCCAGGCUCAAUUCUACAUCUCCAAGAACGGCGCCCUGCAGACCAAGAAGGCGCUGGACAGGGAGGCCCAGUCGUUCUACAACCUGGUGAUCACCGUGAACGACAUGGCGGAGCCUCCGAUGGCCCGCUUCACGAGCACCGCCCAGGUGUCCAUCAUCCUGCUGGACGUCAACGACUGCCCACCAAGCUUCACGUCGCAGAAGAUGACCUACAUCCAGGAGAACACGCCCAUGGACACGGUGGUGUUCACCGCCCACGCCACUGAUGCGGACAGUGGGCCCAACAGCUACGUGGAGUACUCCCUGCGCGGGCCCUUUGGGAAUAAGUUCAGUAUUGGGACCAUCGACGGAGAUGUAAAGCUGGUCGGGGAGCUUGACCGUGAGGAGCUGGCCAACUACUCCCUGACGGUGGUGGCCACGGACAAAGGCGAGCCGCCACUAACGUCCACCAUGGAUGUGACCAUGAUUGUGCUGGACGUCAAUGACAACACGCCCAGCUUCUCGCAGAACAUCUAUGACAUCGAGAUUGAGGAGAACACGCUGACGGGAACUGACGUGCUCCAGGUGUUCGCCAGUGACGCCGACGAGGGCACCAAUGGGCAGAUCCGCUUUUCCAUCGUCGGCGGCAACACCAACACGGACUUCCGCAUCGACUCGGUCACCGGGAUCAUCUCGGUGGCCAAGCAGCUGGACCGGGAGGUGAGGUCAUCCUACUCGCUGGUUGUCCAGGCAGCGGACCGCGGAAGCAGCCCGAGGGUGGACCGCACCACCGUCAACAUCGUCCUGACAGAUGUCAACGACUGUCUGCCGACGUUUGAGCUGUCACCAUACACAGUAAACGUCCAGGAGAACCUGUCGAAACUGCCCAAAAACAUCCUACAGGUUGUGGCCAGGGAUGAUGACCAGGGUUCAAACGGUCAGAUCAGCUACACGCUCAGCGGUGGAAACGAAGAGGGAGCUUUCAGUCUCUCAUCCAGUGGCCAGCUCAGCGUCAUUCACACGCUGGACAGGGAGGCUCGGGAGAAAUACACCUUGAUAGUCACGGCCAUCGACUCAGGAUCUCCAGCCUUGAGUGGCACGGGCACCGUCACAGUGCUAGUGGACGAUGUCAACGACAAUGUUCCGGCCUUCACAUCCGCCACCUUCUUCACCACCAUCCCUGAGGACGCCCCUACGGGCUCGGACGUGCUGCUGGUCAACAGCUCCGAUGCAGACGUGGGCCUCAACGGAGUGAUCAGUUACAGUCUGACUGGUGGCAGCGGCCAGUUCUCCAUCAACCCGGCCACCGGCCAGAUCAUCACCAGCUCCCUGCUGGACCGGGAGGCGAGGGCCAGCUACCAGCUGCUGGUGGUGGCCUCAGAUGGCGGCCAGCCCAAGGGCCUGUCCAGCUCUGCCACCGUCUCUGUGGUGGUGGCGGACAUCAAUGACAACCCCCCGCGCUUCCAUCACCACCCCUACGUCACGCACAUCCCAGCGUCCACCUCAGCAGGCUCCCUGGUGUUUGCUGUUACUGUCACAGAUGAAGAUGCAGGAUCGAAUGCCCAGCUCCACUACUCCCUCUCUGGCCGCAACUCUGAGAAGUUCAAGAUCGACCCCCUGAGGGGCGCCAUCACGGCUAACGAGAAGCUGAUAGGCAGCUCCGAGGUCACCUUCACCGUCAGAGUGAAAGACGGCGGCAGGGACCCCAAGACUGACACCACCACUGUGACCGUCCGCUUCGUCACCGGAGGCGACUUCCCCGUCAUCCGGCUGAAAGAGAAGAGCUUCACGUUCCCCGAGAGCCAGCCGGUCAACACUGUUGUCACCACCGUCUCCGGGGCAUCCACCAGGGGUGGGCCCUUGUCCUAUUACAUCGCCAGCGGCAACCUGGACAGCGCCUUCCAUGUCGAUCAGUUGUCAGGGGAGCUGUCAAUCAAAAACUCACUGGACUAUGAGAACAUACAGACGUAUGUGCUGUGGAUUGAAGCCAGAGACCAGGGCUUUCCUCCCUACUCGGCUUAUGAGAGAGUGGAAGUAAAUGUGCUGGAUGUCAAUGACAAUCACCCCGUUUUCGAGAGAGAGCCUUUCCAUGCAGAGAUACUGGAGAACCUCUCCCCACAGCACGUGCUCACUGUGUCCGCUGUGGAUUUGGACAAUGGGCCCAACGGUCAUCAGGAGUACGCCAUCAUCGACGGCAACAAGGAUAACAGCUUCAGCAUCAACCGGGUGACGGGGGCCAUUCGCACCACCAAACCCCUGGACAGAGAGAAGGCGGCUCAAUACGCUCUGAGGGUCAAAGCCACUGACCGAGGCAGUCCUCCAAAAAGCACAGCUGUUAAAGUCCUGAUUAAUGUUCUGGAUGUGAAUGACAAUGCACCACGGUUCUCCAAGAUCUUCAGCGCCUCAGUGCCAGAGAACGCGCCUGUAGGGUACACCGUCACCCGUGUGACGACCACUGAUGAGGAUGCUGGCGCCAACGCCAUCAGCAAGUACUCCAUCACCGACACAAGCCUCCCAUUUGCCAUCAAUCCAAGCACAGGGGACAUAACCAUCAGCAGACCCCUGAACAGGGAAGACACAGACCACUACAUUGCCAAAGUCUCUGCCCACGACUCUGGCUGGACUGUGAGCACAGACGUGACGAUAUUCGUCACCGAUAUAAAUGACAACGCACCACGCUUCAGCCGGCCCUCCUACUACCUGGAUUACCCUGAGAUGACCGAGGUGGGCUCUGUGGUAACGCAGGUGUCAGCCACAGACCCUGAUGAGGGUUUCAACGGGAAGAUCUUCUACUUCAUCAGGUCUCAGUCCGAGUACUUCCGGAUCAACUCCAGCUCUGGGGAAAUCUCUAUCAAGCAGCAGCUCAUGUAUCAGAACUCCACUGGGCACGGCAAUCUCAACAUCAAUCGCCAUAGCUUCAUCGUCACAGCCUCAGACAGAGGGGUCCCUCCUAUGAUGAGUGAAACCACAGUAAUAGUAAAUAUAGUUGAUAGCAAUGACAACCCCCCUGUAUUUGAAUCCUCCUCUUACUUCACCCCUGUAACCAAGAGCGUCAAGGUUGGCACUAAACUCAUUAAAAUCACUGCCUUUGAUAAGAAAGACUUUGGUCUGAAUUCAGAAAUCGAGUAUGCCAUAUCUGGUGGAAACAGCUCCAGCAAGUUCAAGUUGGACAAGCAGACUGGUUGGGUUAGUGUGGCCUCCUCUUUGACCGCAGACACAAAUAAGGUUUACCUCAUCGAGGCCACUGCCAGAGACAAAGGGAACCCACCUCUCUUGGCCCACACCACAAUCCGAGUGGCCGUGACUGAGGAGAACCACCACACCCCGGAGUUCUCCCAGAGCCAAGUCUCAGCCACGGUUCCAGAGAGCCUAAAUGUCGGCACGGCUAUCCGCACGCUGUCUGCCCGGGACAAAGAUAAGGACAAGCAGAUGAACGGCCUCAUCACAUACAGCAUCACCACGGGCAAUGAAGAUGGCCUGUUUGUCAUCAACAGCAAAACAGGGGUGUUGUCCUUAGCGCAACCACUAGACUAUGAAACCAAGCAGAAGCAUGAGCUAAGGGUGACCGCAACCGAUGGGGGCUGGAUCGCUAAAACCAGCUAUGUCUCGUUGACUGUACAUGUGUCUGACGUUAACGACAACCCACCUGUCUUCAAUCCAGAUGAGUAUUUCCCAAUCAUACAAGAGAAUGUCCCCAGUGGCACCACUGUGGUCAAAAUGAACGCCACGGACAAAGACUCCGGGCCAAAUGCCUUGAUAGCUUACGUAAUCCAGUCAUCUGACAGUGACCUUUUCAUAAUUGAUCCAAAUACUGGAGUCAUUACAACCCAGGGCUUUCUAGACUAUGAGGCCAAGCAAGUGUAUCACCUUACCGUUAAGGCUUUCAACGUGCCUGAUGAAGAAAGAUGCAGCUUUGCCAAUGUUAACAUUCAGCUGAAGGGCGCCAACGAAUAUGUACCCCGUUUUGUCUCCAAGCAGUACUACUUUGAGGUCUCUGAGGCUGCACCAAAAGGCACAGUGAUUGGCGAGGUGUUUGCAAGCGAUCGUGACCUUGGAGAGGAUGGCAUCGUCUAUUAUUUGAUUUUUGGAAAGAGCAGAAGGAAAGGAUUUAGCAUCAAUAGAAAGACGGGGCAGAUUUACGUCACGGGGGCCCUGGACCGUGAAAAGGAGGAAAAGAUCUCGCUACGAGUUUUGGCGAAAAACGCUGGCAGCAUCAGAGGUGCAGACAUUGAUGAAGUGUUUGUCAACAUCACCAUCCUAGACGCGAAUGAUCCUCCAGUCUUCACCCAGGUGCUGUAUGACGUCCAGGUGAGCGAGGGUCUCGCCCCUGGAGGCCUUGUCACGUUUGUCAGUGCAGAAGACUCGGACUCGGUGCCAAGCUGGAGCAGGUUCUCCUACUCCAUUGCUCCUGAUCAGGGCAAAAAGGCCUUCAGCAUCAACCCCCAGACGGGUCAAGUGUCUGUGGAUGCUGAGCUCGACCGGGAAACCACUCCUGUGUACAACCUCACCCUCCUGGCCGUGGAUACAGGGUCCCCAUCAGCCACGGGGAGUGCGACCUUGAUCGUGACCUUGGAGGACAUCAACGACAACGGGCCCACACUGGUGACGGUCAGCGGCGAGGUGAUGGAGAACCAGCGGGCUGGCACGCGGGUCAUGACCCUGGAAGCCACCGAUCCGGACCUGGCACCCAAUCAAGGCCCGUUCUCGUACAGCCUGCUCAACAUAGGCUCCGCCAACAACUACUUCUCCCUCAGCUCAAAGGGUGAACUCACCACAAGCCGCGAGAUUGACCGGGAGCAAAUCAGCGACUUCUAUCUGUCUGUGGUCAUAAAGGACUCCGGCAUCCCGCAGAUGUCCUCGACCGGCACUGUCCACGUCCAAGUCAACGACCAGAAUGACAAUCCCUCCGAGCCUCGUUCCGUGGAGAUCUACGUCCACUAUUUCGGGAACAUGUUUCCAGGAGGCUCUCUGGGCGUCGUCAAGCCCCAAGAUCCAGAUGUGCAGGACACCUUCCAGUGUUCCCUCAUUCCCCCAGCGGCCAGUUUGUUCAGCAUACCUACGCGCACCUGUGACCUCAAUUCCAACGCGCGCUCGACGGACGGCACUUUCGAUCUGACGGUGCGCAGCAGUGAUGGCGUUCACGGCGCCGUGAAUAGCAACGCGCGCAUCUUCUUCAUGGGAUUCAGCAACGCCACAGUCGAUAACAGUAUUCUCAUUAGGCUCAAAAGUCACGCGGUCAAAGACUUCCUGACAAACCACUACCUGAGCUUUGUUCGUAUCGCAAACUCCCAGUUGGCAGGACUAGGCACUGGUGUCCAGCUCUAUGGUGCCUUUGAGCUCAACAAUCAGACUUUCCUUAUGGCUGCGGUGAAGAGGAGCCAUGGUCAGUACGUCAACCCCAGUGGCGUGGCCACGUUCUUCCAGAGCAUCCGAGACGUGCUUCAGCGACAGAGCGGCCUGCACAUCGACUCAGUGGACCACGACCCGUGCACGCACAACCCGUGCCAGAACGGAGGCAGCUGCAAGCGCCGCCUCAGCGUAGGGCCCGACAUGAAGACCGAGGAGAGCGUCCCGGUCAUCCUGGUGUCCAACCAGCCUCUCCAGCCCUACGCCUGCAACUGCCGACCAGGGUACGCCGGUGCUCUGUGCGAGACGGACAUUGACGAGUGCCAGCCGUCUCCCUGCCACAACGGAGGGACCUGCCACAACCUGGUGGGUGGGUUCUCCUGCUCCUGUCCGGAGGGUUUUACCGGCAUGGCCUGCGAGAGAGACGUGAACGAGUGUCUUUCCAACCCCUGCAAGAACGGAGCGCUCUGCCAGAACUACCCCGGUGGUUUCAACUGCCUCUGCAAAUCCGGAUUUUCAGGCAAAACCUGUGAUUCCAUCAUCAAUUACUGUGAGUGUAACCCAUGUUUUAAUGGUGGCUCCUGCCAGAACCGAGUGGAUGGCUAUUACUGCCAUUGUCCAUUUGGCGUGUUUGGAAAGCACUGUGAACUGAACAGCUAUGGCUUCGAGGAGCUGUCUUAUAUGGAGUUUCCAAGUCUGGACCCCAACAACAAUUACAUAUACAUUAAGUUCGCCACUCUCAUGAGCAACGCCCUGCUGAUGUACAACCACGACAACCAGACCGGAGACAAGGCCGAGUUCCUCGCCCUGGAGAUUGUGGACGGUCAGAUGCGCUUCUCUUUUAACCUCGGCAGCGGGACUUAUAAACUGAUGACCACGAUCAAGGUUUCCGACGGACAGUUCCAUACAGUCAUUGCCAGACGGACAGGGAUGGCUGCGUCCCUUACUGUGGACAUGUGUGGAGAGGACCAGGACCCAGGCUACUGUGCGGUCAGCAACGUGGCAGUGCACACCGACUGGAUCCUGGACGUGCAGCCCAACAGGCUCUCGGUGGGGGGCGUCAGGUCAAUAGAGCCCGUCCUUCAUCGCAGGGGCCAGGUCGCCACCCACGACUUCGUGGGCUGCAUCAUGGAGUUCGCCGUCAACGGCCGUCCGCUGGAACCCUCGCAGGCGCUGGCAUCCCACGGCAUCCUUGACAGAUGUCCCAGACUAGAGGGCGCCUGCACUGCCAGUCCCUGCCGGCAUGGGGGCACCUGUGUGGACCACUGGUCCUGGCAGCAGUGCCAGUGUAUGGAGGGCUUCACCGGGAGCUUCUGCGAGAAGUACAUCACCGCAGACACUGCCCUGUCUCUGGACGGCACCGGGCGCCUGGACUACUCCAUGAGCCAGAGUCGGAAGCGGGACAUCUUGCUGCGGAGGGCCCUGCAGGCCUCGGGGGCCACGUCUGGGUCGGCGUCUGGACCUGGGUCCGGUGGAGAGAGGCCCAGGGAUAGCAGCGUGGAGGUGAAGUUCCGCACACGCAACAAGAGCGGCACGCUCCUCCACGUCCAGGAGAGCAGCAACUACACCACGGUGAAGCUGAAGAACGGGAAUCUGCAGUACGUCUCGGACGCGGGCGUAGCGGGAAAGGUGGAGCGGACUCUGGCCGACGUGCCGUUAUCAGACGGACAGUGGCACACCCUCGUCCUCCAGAAGAACGGAACCUCCACCUCGCUCCGCCUCGACGGGGCCCACCUCCGAGUCAUUCCACACACCACCCAGGACUUCGGAGGGGUCAACGUCCUGACCAUGUCCGUCGGAGGCGUCCCUCCUGGUCCAGCGCAGCCCAAAUCAAGCCCAGGUUUUGAAGGCUGCUUCGCCUUUGUGAAAUACAACGGUGAGAACCUGCCGUUCAGCGGCGAGCACAGCUCGGUGGCCAUCUCCAAGUCGGACCCGUCGGUGAAGAUCGGCUGCCGCGGGCCCAACCUGUGCGAGAGCAGCCCGUGCUGGGACGGUCUGAUGUGCGUCAACCAGUGGUACACCUACCAGUGCAUGCCGCCGGGCGACUGCGCCUCCAACCCGUGCCAGAACCGGGGCAGCUGCGAGCCGGGCGGCCCGCGCGGCGGCUUCACCUGCGUCUGCGAAGAGCACUACACGGGCCGGACGUGCGAGACGCUGGUUGCGUGCCUGGGCGUGCAGUGCCCGCAGGGCACCGUCUGCAAGGCGACGGCCACCAACGGCGGGUUCACGUGCGCGGCGGGCGCGGCCGCCUCGGAGAUGACGCUGCCCAUCUGGGCGGUGCCGGCCAUCGUGGGCAGCUGCGCCACGGCGCUGGCUCUGGUGGUGCUCAGUCUGAUCCUCUGCAACCACUGCAAGGGCCGACGCAACAAGAGCAAAGUGCCAAAGGAGGAGAAGAAGCCCAAGGAGAAGAAGAAGAAGAAGAAGAAGGGCAGCGAGAACGUGGCCUUCGACGACCCCGACAACAUCCCGCCAUACGGCGACGACAUGACCGUGCGCAAGCAGCCCGAGGGCAACCCCAAGCCGGACAUCAUCGAGCGCGAGAACCCCUACCUGAUCUACGACGAGACGGACAUCCCGCACGGCAACGAGACGGUCCCGAGUGCGCCGUGCGCCCCCUGCCCGGGCCCCGAAGCCGAGAUCGAGCACUACGACAUCGACAACGCCAGCAGCAUCGCGCCGUCCGACGCCGACAUCAUCCAGCACUACAAGCAGUUCCGCAGCCACACGCCCAAGUUCUCCAUCCAGAGGCACAGCCCGCUGGGUUUCGCCCGCCAGUCGCCCCUGCCCCUGGGGGCCAGCAGCUACACCUACCAGCCGGCGUACGCCCAGGGCCUGCGCUCCACGCCGCUGAGCCACUCGGCCUGCCCCACGCCCAACCCGCUGUCCAGGCACAGCCCAGCGCCCUUCGCCUCCAAGCCGUCCACCUUCUACCGCAACAGCCCCGCGCGGGAGCUCAACCUGGCCCGCCGCGAGGGGAGCCCGCUGGACCUGCACAACGAGGGGAUGUUCAACUACGCCACGAGGCUCGGCCGGCGCAGCAAGAGCCCGCAGACCAUGGCGGGCCAUGGCUCGAGGCCCGGGAGCCGGCUGAAGCAGCCCAUCGAGCAGAUCCCCCUGGAGACGGGCCCGCCGGUGGGGCUGUCCAUCGAGGAGGUGGAGCGCCUGAACACGCCGCGCCCGCGCAACCCCAGCAUCUGCAGCGCCGACCACGGCCGCUCCUCGUCGGAGGACGAGUGCCGGCGGCCACUGUCGCGCGUGCGCAACCCGGCCGACGGCAUCCCGGCGCCGGAGUCGUCGUCCGAGAGCGACUCGCACGACUCCUUCACCUGCUCCGAGAUGGAGUACGACCGCGAGAAGCCCGUGGCGUACGGCUCGCGCGUGCCCAAGCUCUCGCAGGUCAACGAGUCGGACGCCGACGACGAGGAGUACAGCGGCCGGCUCAAGCAGCGGCGCUACUCCAGCCGCAGGGCCGAGGGCGGCCCGGCCGCCGGCGCCCAGGUGCCCCUCACCGAGCACCACCACCACACGCUGCCCCACAAACUGGGCUCGCAGGCGGGCAGCUUCAACUGGGAUAACCUGCUGAACUGGGGCCCCGGCUUCGGCCACUAUGUGGACGUAUUUAAAGACCUCGCCCUGCUCCCCGAGAACGCGGCGGUUAAAGACAUUGAGAUGAACAGUGGGGACGGGUCAGUGACCAUCCUGAAUGAAGGGGAGGCUGAGCAAUACGUAUGAGACUAUUUAUUCGCUCACACUCGCACAUCGUGUUCAUUCAACUCGCAAAAAUCAAGACUGUGCCGAUUUUGUGAGCAGGAGGAUGUUAGCAAUAAGUACGUGGACUCUCGUUUCUUUGUUUUUGAAAUAGGACGACCUUAAAUGCAGUAAGGCAGAAAAUUCAAUAGACAGCCAGCUCUUUGUUUGCCAGUCAACUUCACACGAUCAUUGAUCUGUCAGAUGAUGUCAACAUCCAUGUGUUCAAACAUGACAUCGUUUGCUCUAAAAAUGAGGCCAAGUCCUAACGAUUGUCUGGACCUGUAAGGGGAUCCAUAUGCACAAAAUCAAAUUUAACUGUCACUUAUUACCAAUAUUACAGUUUGGUUUCAAAAUGUUCCUGUCACGCUCUUAACUUUUUGAGAUAAGAUAGUGAGAGAAGCAAGACGUUGAAUUCGUUGAAUUCCAAGGCCAUAGCAUUACAGAAACCAAGCCUGUGUCCUCCCCAUCUGUUAUUCUUCAUAAGGAGAAGCAUGUGUUUGAUCCACGUGUACCUGUACGUAUCAAAUACACCCCUCAGUGCAAAAAUGAACACAGUGGUUAGCCAACACGCUAAUCAAAUCCUGCCAAUGUUAUGUGAAAAGGAUUAGUAACUACCCCUACAUUGUUGCUUUUGUGAGGGUUUUUUCUUAUCUGAAUGACAGGCUAAGCAUUCUUAGAGCUGAGAAUAAUUAAGAGUCUGCCUUAUAGACAUUUGAGGAGCUAUUGGAGAGUGGUGAAGUGCUCUCUUUGUUAUUGUGGUGUUGUUGUUGCUACGGGGGACUGGGGGUUGAGUUGCAUCGGCGACGGAAUCCAGCAGGCUGAAAGUGUUCACGGACUGGCCAAAGGGAAGAUUGGAGAAUGGCUUAUGGACGCCAUCCCAACAUCAAACCCACCCCACAAAAAAAAAAACUAUGAAGUUGUGUACAUUUUUAUUAUUUUUAUUUGAAGAAAAUUGUGGAAAACAUUGUUCUCGGUGUUGUUGUAUGUUUUGUUUUGUUUGUUUUUGUUUUGGUCCAGUAUUUUUAAAGGUGUACUGUUUCUAUGUUUUUUUACUGUUUAUUAACUUAAAGUACUUAAGCAGUGUUUUUAUGGAUAUUUUCAUAUGCUGGAAAUUAUGUUCUUACUUUCAGGGAAAGUAAGACUGAAGUACUUAUUUUUUACAUUUGUUACUUAUGUAACAUCAGUAUUUUCCAUUUUUGAUAAAACUAUAACAUACUGUAUGCUUUAUACAUGUAAAA